AUGCCCUCGGCUACCAACAGCACAAUGGCGAGCAGCAGCGGGAAAGCGGGGCCGGGUAGUGAGGCUGCUCCGGCGGCAGCGGCGGCCGCCCCCCCGCAGGCAGCGACUGGUGGCAGCAUCACCUCGGUGCAAACCGAAGCCAUGAAGCAGAUCCUGGGGGUGAUCGACAAAAAGCUGCGCAACCUGGAGAAGAAAAAGAGCAAACUUGAUGAUUACCAGGAACGGAUGAACAAGGGAGAGCGUCUGAAUCAAGAUCAACUGGAUGCGGUGUCAAAAUACCAGGAAGUGACAAAUAAUCUGGAAUUUGCUAAAGAACUGCAGAGGAGCUUCAUGGCUCUGAGCCAGGAUAUCCAGAAAACAAUAAAAAAGACAGCUCGGAGGGAGCAGCUGAUGAGGGAAGAAGCUGAGCAGAAGCGUUUGAAGACUGUGCUAGAGCUGCAGUUCAUUUUAGACAAGUUGGGUGAUGAUGAAGUGCGCAGCGACUUGAAACAAAGCACGAGUGGAGUACCAGUGCUGACAGAGGAGGAACUGACUAUGCUGGAUGAGUUUUACAAGCUGGUGUACCCUGAACGAGACAUGAACAUGAGGUUGAACGAGCAGUAUGAGCAAGCAUCUGUUCACCUGUGGGACUUACUGGAAGGGAAGGAGAAACCAGUUUGUGGAACAACCUAUAAAGCACUGAAGGAGAUUGUGGAACGUAUUCUUCAAACUAGUUACUUUGAUAGCACCCAUAACCAUCAGAAUGGACUGUGUGAGGAAGAAGAGGCAGCACCCCCACCUGCAGUAGAAGACACCGUAGCAGAAGCUGAGCCUGAUCCAGCAGAAGAAUUUACUGAACCGACUGAAGUUGAAUCUACUGAGUAUGUAAACAGACAAUUCAUGGCAGAGACUCAGUUCAGCAGUAGUGAGAAGGAACAGGUAGAUGAGUGGACAGUUGAAACGGUUGAGGUUGUAAAUUCGCUGCAGCAACAGACACAAGCUACAUCUCCUCCAGUUCCUGAACCUCACACACUCACUACUGUGGCUCAAGCAGAUCCUCUUGUUAGAAGACAGCGAGUACAGGACCUUAUGGCACAGAUGCAGGGCCCCUAUAACUUCAUGCAGGACUCUAUGCUGGAGUUUGAGAACCAGACACUUGAUCCUGCCAUUGUAUCUGCACAGCCUAUGAAUCCAGCACAGAAUUUGGAUAUGCCACAAAUGGUUUGCCCCCCAGUUCAUGCUGAGUCAAGACUUGCCCAGCCUAAUCAAGUUCCUGUGCAACCAGAAGCUACACAGGUUCCCUUGGUUUCUUCUACCAGUGAGGGAUAUACAGCCUCCCAACCCAUGUAUCAGCCUUCUCACACAACAGAGCAACGGCCACAGAAAGAAUCAAUUGACCAGAUUCAGGCUUCAAUGUCACUGAAUGCAGACCAGACCCCAUCAUCAUCAUCACUUCCCAGUGCAUCCCAGCCACAGGUGUUUCAGGCUGGAUCUAGCAAGCCUUUGCAUAGCAGCGGAAUCAACGUUAAUGCAGCUCCAUUCCAAUCCAUGCAAACAGUGUUCAACAUGAAUGCUCCUGUUCCUCCUGUUAAUGAGCCAGAAACCCUUAAGCAGCAAAAUCAGUACCAGGCCAGUUACAACCAGAGUUUCUCCAAUCAGCCUCACCAAGUAGAACAAUCAGAUCUUCAGCAAGAACAACUCCAGACAGUGGUUGGUACUUACCAUGGUUCCCCGGACCAGAGCCAUCAAGUGGCAGGUAACCACCAGCAGCCUCCGCAGCAGAACACUGGAUUUCCACGGAACAGUCAGCCUUACUACAACAGCCGAGGAGUGUCUCGGGGGGGAUCCCGGGGCGCACGGGGCUUGAUGAACGGCUACCGGGGACCUGCAAAUGGAUUUAGAGGAGGGUAUGAUGGCUACCGUCCUUCCUUUUCCAACACUCCAAACAGCGGCUACACGCAGCCCCAGUUCAAUGCUCCUCGGGAUUACUCCAACUACCAGCGGGAUGGAUAUCAACAGAAUUUCAAACGUGGCUCUGGACAAAGUGGACCUCGGGGAGCUCCUAGAGGUCGUGGAGGGCCCCCAAGACCAAACAGAGGGAUGCCUCAAAUGAAUGCUCAGCAAGUGAAUUAAAGAGCUUCACAGGAUUACAUUAAACGCCAAAAACACACUGGCCAGUGUACUAUACAUGUUACCAGAAGAGUUAUUAUCUAUUUGUUCUCCCUUACAGGAAGUUUGUUGUAAAGGGACUACUUUCAUUACCCAUAAUGACAGGACUACAGUUGCCAGCUUUACAUUACCUGGAUACUGAAAGGAACGAAACAACGUUUACUCUGCAUGUUCUGUCCUAAGCAUCAUCUUGAGCCUUGCACAUGAGAUUUCAGAUUCCUCACCCUUGCUAAGAGUGAAGCAAAAGAGGGAAAGGGAAAAAAAAAAAAGGCAAUUUUCAGGGUGAUCCAAUCUCCAUGGUUAACUGAAGUGGCAGGAAAAAGAAAAAAAAUAGGCAAAGACUCACUUCUGACUUUUAAAAAUUUGGAUAAAAUCUGCAAAUUGGUAAAGAUUUACAGUGGUGGCAGCUGACAAAAUGUAGUGUUCCCAUGAAGGGAUGGAAAAGGUGAAGUGUAGCUUGGUAGAGCAACUGCAUUUCAGCUUUUUCUUACUAUCCUGAAGCACUGAAGAGUUACAGAUGCAUAGUGAUGCCUGUCCCUAACUAGCCAAAUAGGCUUGUAGCCAGUUUUGAGAGAGUAGAGCACCCCUAGCUGCAGCACUUCUCGUCACUAGGGCCCUGUGGCUAAGGAUCUGAGGCUGCUUGUGUAACUGCUGCUGUAGUCAUCACAGAGUUGUUACUUUGAAAGAAAAAAAAAAAAGAGCUUUGAUUUGGCACUUCACUGAAAUUCUGCAACAGAUGUGAGAUGAUCUGGAUGGCCACUGUAUAUUUGCUGUGAAGUAUUUAGGUCUCUCUUUGAAACACUUCUCAGUUCCUUUGAUAGCAGUGACUUCUGUAAGGAGCGGGUUCCUCUGUCGCUCCUUACGACUCGCACAUUGUAUGUCACUAAUACUUGACCUUGCUGUAUUAUCACCUAAAUAACUGAUGCCGGUACUGAUGGAAAUCUCUCAUGGAUAAUCAUAACACUUUUGGUCACAUGUCCUUUUGUCUUUCCUGCAGCCUUGAAGGUUUUAUGAAAUCUCAAAUGCCCGCUGCUGCUGCCCUUUUAAUCGCUCUCUUUUGAAAAGCACCAGUAUGUGUUUGAAUUGAUUUCCCCUUUUCAGGGAAAUGACAGCCAGCAGUUACAGUUCUAGUGGUAUAAGCAAGACAAAUAAAACAUGUUUAUAAAAAUUGUAUCCUGGAACACUGGUUUUCAACGACUGAAACGAAUUUAAUGUGAUGGGGUUGGCAUUUCGUAAGGUUUGUGUUUUGGUUUGGUUGUCUUCUUCCCCUGACUAGAUGUACCCUUUUGCUUUUCUGCUUUUAUUCCAAUAGCUGUGACUUCUGGGAA